UUGGUCUCCUACAGUGUCCCUUUUCAUGGAACUGUGGAAGCAUAUUUCUGAGUUGAUAUAUGCUUAUUCUGACUUAUUGAUUCUCACUCAUAUCUUAUUUUAGAAGACCUACUUUCCUUUCUUGCUAUAUACAUGCUAAAGGGCAGUUUUGCAACAACUUAUUUUUUCUAGACUUCAUGUCUUUCCAUUGAUAUGAAUUUCUUAUCUUAACCUAUAAACAAGCAUGGGAUAGUCCAUUGGUGCAAUAAAGUAGAAGCUCAAGUUUAUAUAAGUGAUCAUAGUUGGGUAGAUGGUUUCAUAUGAAGCCAUGAACAUGAAGAUGAGUUCUCCAGUAACUCAAUUUGGGCCUGCAGGAAGGAUGGGCAUAUAUGAGCAGUUUCACCAGAUGAGUGUUUGGGAGGAUACACUUAGAAGUGAUAUCAUCCCUUGCUCUGGUGAUUGUAUGGUCACACAGGCAGAUGACAAGUCCGAGUACAUGUCUAAUGAAUCAGUGGUACCCUCUGGAUCGGGAGACAACCAGGGCGAUAAUCAGGCACAUCAAGCAGGAAAGGGCAUUGCAGAUAAGACAGGCACAAAGGCGUUUAGCACAAAACCGUGAAGCUGCAAGAAAAAGUCGUCUGCGAAAGAAGGCUUAUAUUCAGCAAUUGGAAAUGAGCCGUUUGAAGCUAGCACAACUCGAACUGGAGAUUGAGAAAACCAGACAUCAGGGAGUAUAUAUGUUAGGUCCCACUACCAAAAUGGGAAUGUAUGGGACAAUAAAUCCAGGAAUUGUUGCGUUUGAGAUGGAAUAUGCGCACUGGGUCGAAGAACAGCAAAAGAAAAUUUCAGAACUCAGAAGCAUUUUGCUGUCUAACACAAGUAGUGAUGUGGAGCUCCAGUUGGUAAUUGAGAAUGUCUUAAACCACUAUUAUGAACUCUUCCGGAUGAGAGCUGAAGUUGCCAAAGCUGAUGUCUUCUACUUAUUAUCUGGGAUGUGGAGAACUUCGCUAGAGCGCUUCUUCCUCUGGAUUGGAGGUUUCCGUCCAUCAGAACUGAUAAAUGCAGUAAUGCCACAGCUUGAGCCCUUGGCAGAUGAACAACUCUUCAAUGUUUGUAGCCUGAGAGACUGUUGCCAGCAGGCUGAGGAGGCUCUCACACAAGGAAUGGAUAAACUACAGCAGAGUCUGGCCCAAAGCAUGGCUUCUAUGAGCACCGACGCAGUAAUUUAUGGUUCUCAGAUGUCUUCUGCUAUGGAGAAAUUAGAGUCAAUAGAAAGCUUUGUCAACCAGGCAGAUAACCUGCGCAAGCAGACUUUGCAGCAGAUGUCGAGUAUUCUUACAACCCACCAAGCAGCCAGGGGUCUGCUUGCAUUUGGGGAGUACUUCCAACGCCUUCAUGCCUUAAGCUCUCUCUGGGCUGCUCGCCCUCGAGAAAUGGACUAGUCGUCUAUUGUAGUUUGCAUGCCGAUAGUCAUAGGUUAUCUUGGCUGCUAGCUGCUGGUAAUGCAUGAUGAUAUGUGAAUACUGAGUAGAAAUUAAGAAUGUAAAAUAUUAAUCUGUUAGAUGGGAUCUGGAUUUUUGUGAAAUAUAUAUGUUCAAAGACAACAUUUGAAGCCCAAAAAUUGUGUAUACAAUAUGUUAAAAUGCUCU